AUGUCCCGGUUUCUCGCCCAGGAGUCGACGGUCACUGCCAGCUCCUACACCGUCGAUUCCUCUAGCGCCAAGGUCGACGGCUUCCACUACUGCACUACUCUGGGCGCCGGUGAUGGUAUCCCUGAGGUCCCCUCAGGGUCUAAAACAACCAACCCAAGACCUCCCCUCGAUUAUCCCGCUUCCAGCGGGACUUUCGGCUGGAACGGGACCAACUGGCCCGAGUCUAAAGCCAACGGGGAGGCGACGCACACCAUUCCGGAAGAGUGUGAGAGGCUCUUCUGUGACACACUAUCCGCGACCUUCCUUGGUGAGAGGAUUGACGCCGGACAGGAGUCACUGGGAAUGGGUACGUUUCAACAGACUCAGCCAAAUCAACAGCACAGUCCACACCGUAAGGGAGACCACCAUGGAUCGAUCCAGAAAUGGGUCGAGAUGUGGGACUACAGCGGCGAUGCAAUCUACCGCGGCUUCGUCACGGGCGAGGACGACGAGCGAACACUGUUCGUCUUCCUCGAGGACGGCACCAUCGGGCAUAGCCUGAAAUCUGGGUUAAUUGCACUUUUCGAACUGGCGGGAACCGACGCCAUCGAUUGCUCCCAGAUAGUCGCCUGCGUCAGGCGCUCCCAGCACGCCGAUGAGAUGGAGCUCGUGCGCAGCCUCGGAUGGUGCGGUUUCAACCUGACUACCUUGGAUCCCUGGAUCAAGGGCACAUCGGGUAAGGCAGGACCCGCACUAAGCACGGAAUGGCUUUUCUUGGUCGCUGAAGUAUAG